AUGAGUGCAUGUCCGCGGCGCGUAAAAGUAAACAGUGACGUCACGAGGCGUCACGACGGCCCGAUAAAAAGUCGAUUUUAUCCGCACAAGUUCGGCCAGCUGACUGCGUGCCCCCACCGCGGAGUUUUCAGCGCCGCGAGAUUUCAGCCGGAGCGAGACGGGCAGAUAUCGUUGCCGUGGGCGGGAGAGGGACGUCGC